AUGUCUCACCCACUGCCUCCCUUUGAAAACCCCAGCCUCGACCACCUCCCUCACCCUCAUACUCCUCCUGGAGAGCUCAAACCCCCUUCUACUGUGUUUGUAGGUUUGGAGCUCGCUGUGUCUGGACUGGAUUGGUCCUCAAAGUCAUCUGCUCAGACUGACUUUGUGGCCAUGUACCCUCACAUUGUCCAACACGCUUGCCUCACCUCACCCCAAACCUACAUGCCUUUACCCUCUGAUCUUAAAGUUGUCUCAGGAAAUGCUCGACAGGCAGUUGAUUAUGUUUUCAUAUCCCUAUCCCCAUCGCUCUCCGCCACUCCUCACCUCGACAUUCUAUAUGGCAUCAGGUGUGCUAUCAUUGCUCAUGGCAGGCUCAAAGCCAACUGGAAGGUUACAAGUGGGUAUGACCGAACUCAAAGGGGCUUCUUCAACAUGGACAGUGCCAAUGAUGCUGAGAAUAUGAAGGACCAGCUCGCUGCUGCUCUGAACAGCAGGGGAUUGCUCUUUCAGUUUCAUACCAUCACACCCCUCAUGAACUCUAUCCGUGUUGCAUUUGACUUUCUCGAUCCUGCAUCCAUUGAAAACCUGGAAUCCAACCCAAUAGUUAUCAAUCAUCAUGUCUUUCUCAUUUUCCAGCCUUGUUUCAUUGUGCUGGAAUUUGGAUAUGACAUUGCUAUCACUGGUUGUGGUGGAAUUCAGGGUUUUCAGGGUGGGAUGGAUGCAGUCAUUCAUGACACUAUUGGUCCUCACUUGAUUAUCUGGAGCAGGAUGGAACUGAAUGGUGACACUUACAUCGUCAUCAUGGAUAGCUUUGACACCACCAUUCGCCUGCUCAACACCGACCUGCCUCUGCCUUGGGGCAUGCCUCCCUAUGUCACCAUUUUGAAACCCAUGUAUCUCUUCUUCUUUAACCUGCAUGGAUGUCCUGCCUCUCCUACUUAUCUUCAUAGUGAAAACUCGGCCACAGCCUCUGCCAAUCUUCAAAACCUGCAACAGCAGAUUGAUCUACUCUGCGAAAACAGUGUACAAACCGUUCAAUCCAUUCAGAAUGUCUUCAACAUCCAGAACCAGUCUCUUAUGAAUAUUAACAUCUCUGUCAAUGCUCUUCAAAAUGUGUUUGCAAUGUCUGUUGCCUCUCAAACUGGUCUACAUCACUUGACUAUAGCAGACAAUGAGCUCACUCAUCUUCACACUGAACAGUCCUCUAAGGAGCUUUUCUUGCUCAUGACUCCUAAUGAUGAUGUCAAGGCAUAG